GACAACUUUCACGAACCCUUUCAGCAUCGCCCAUUUAAGCCCGCCCCGACCACCGCCCCCCAUGCCUCACGACGUCUGAUUAUCUUCUUCUCUUUCUUCUGGGCUCGACCACUACCGCUCAUUCUCGUCUUACCCACGGUCAUAAUGAUUCUCCGGCUCACUUCUCUUGCCCUUGGGCUCCUUUCAACCUCGCCUUUUGCUCAUGCCCUCUCCGCCAGCGACAUCCCACACGACACCCCCGUGUCGCAACUGAUCAGAGAUGCGAGCGCGAAACUUGCCGCCGGAAAUACCCAGGAUGCUCUCACCUACUUUGACGUCGCCAUCUCCCGCGACCCCAAGAACUACCUCACCCUGUUUCGCCGUGGCGCAGCUUACCUUUCCCUCGGGAAGACUGUUCAAGCUCAGCAUGACUUCGAUAAGGUGCUGGAAAUGAAGCCCGGAUUUGAGGGCGCCUUGGUCCAACGGGCAAAGAUAAAGAGCAGGAAGGCAGAUUGGGCAUCGGCAAGGAAGGACUAUGAAGCGGCCGGCAAGACUGAGGAAAUUGCCCAGCUAGAGGAAGCCCAAGGUGCAUCCGUACUCGCGCAUGAAGCGGCGGAGAAAAAUGACUGGGAGUCAUGUGUCACCCAGGCUGGCGUCGCAAUCAUGGUUGCUGGAGCCGCAUACGACAUCCGCAAACUUAGGGCAAGGUGCCGCUUUGAAAAGGGCGAGGUCGUUGAGGGCAUCAGUGACUUGCAGCAUCUUCUUCAAAUUGGUUCUAACAGUGUCGAACCCCAUCUUCAAAGCUCAGCCAUGGCCUUCUACUCCCUCGGCGAGACCGACAAGGGCCUCAGGCACAUUGCACAGUGUCUGCAAUCGGACCCUGACUCCAAAGCCUGCAUGAAGCUCAGGAGACGAGAGAAGAACCUAGAAAAAGACCUGAAGAAGCUGCGACAAUUGUUUGAGAAGCGACAGUUCGUUAGCUCCACUAAGCUUCUUGUUCCUCACGGGGAGGACGCCGGCCUGCUUCAGGAAGUCAGAGAUGACUAUAAAACCUAUGCGGAACAAGGCUACAUCUACAAGAACUCUCCAGAGGGGCUAUAUUCAAGUCUUCUUGAAAUGACCUGCGAGGCAUACAUGGAGAUGAACAACAUGAAGAAAGCAACUCCAUACUGCACAGAAGCAGUUAAGUUGAAUCCUAGGUCACUCUACGGCUUGAUCAAUCAAGCUCAGGCGGAGCUGGAUGCAGAUGAUUUUGAGGCAGCUAUUCGAACGCUGGAGAGUGCAAAAGAACACCACCAGCAAAACGGCAAGAUUCAAGAGCUCCUUCAGAAGGCACAUACUCUCUUGACGCGAUCCAAACAGAAAGACUAUUAUAAGGUCCUCGGUAUCAGCAGAGACGCGGAUGAGCGGGAGAUAAAGAAAGCUUGGCGUCGACUCACGAAACAAUUCCAUCCUGACAAGGCCUCAGCAAAUGGCAUCACCCCAGAAGUAGCUCAGAAGAAGAUGGCUGAGGUCAACGAAGCAUACGAAGUGCUGAAUGAUCCCGAACUCAAAGCUCGCUUCGAUAACGGCGAUGAUCCUAACAACCCAGAACAGCAAGGCAACCCCUUCCAAGGCUCUCCUUUUGGCGGCUUCGGAGGACAAAAUGGGCAGCAGUUCUUCUUCCGACAAGGUGGAGGACAAGGUUUCCCCGGAGGCGGGUUCAAAUUCCAUCAACAAGGCUUUCCUGGAGGGGGCUUUGGCUUUUAGUAGGGUUCUUUCUAAAGGGUUAAUGGCGUUUCGUGGACAAGCAUAUGUGUGGUGUUUAGAGGCAUUCUUGGCGUUCUUGUAUUGAUAUCUGGUGCGCCCACAUGGAGGUAGUGGAGUGGAAGCGCCAUAGAGUGACAUCCCUACCUAUAAAUAUGGAUCCG